AUGAAGUUUUUUUUUACGGAUUUUAUUUUAAUUUGUUUUUUUUUAUUUAUUUUUAUUGAAAAUUGUUUAUGUUACAAACCAGUUUUUAUUAUUCAUGGAAUAUUAAGUAAAAAUGUCAGUAUGAAAAUAUUAGAAAAACGCAUUAAACAGCUUCAUCCAUCUACAAUAGUUUCUUCAUGUGAUCGUUAUGAUGACAUUGGUAGUUUGGAACCAAUGUGGAUUCAAGUUGAAAAAAUUGGAGAAGAUUUAUUAGAUUUUUCUUCAAAAUAUCCAGAUGGAAUACAUUUAAUUGGUUAUUCCCAAGGAGGACUUAUAGCCAGAGGAAUAUUACAAAAAUAUCCAAAUCACAAUGUUAAAACAUUUAUUUCUUUGAGUUCUCCACAAGCUGGACAAUAUGGAACUCAGUUUUUGCACAUUUUAUUUCCUGGUGUUGUGAAAGAAGAAGCUUACAAACUCUUUUAUACAAAUGCUGGCCAAUGGAUAGCAGUUGGAAAUUAUUGGAAUGAUCCACACAAACAAGAUUUAUAUUACAAUUAUAGUAUUUUCUUACCAGUUAUUAAUAAUGAAGUACCCAGUAAAAGGGAUCCAAAUUAUAAAGAAGGACUAACAAACUUGGAAAAAAUGAUAUUGAUUGGUGGGCCUGAGGAUGAAAUCAUAACACCUUGGCAAUCCAGUGUGUUUGGAUAUUAUAAUGACAAUGAAACAGUGGAAAUGAUGCAGGAUAGGACACUUUAUAAGGACGAUUAUUGCGGACUUAAAACUCUUGAUGAAAAUAAUAAAUUAAAGGUUUUUAUUGUAGAUGGAGUAAGACAUUUGGCAUGGAGAAAAAAUCAGACUGUAAUUGAUAAUUACAUUAUCCCUUACUUAGAUUAA